AUGGUUUCACGUGAAAAUAAUGAUAUAUAUGCAGACGAUUUGAUGGACACUGAAGAGCCACAACCUGGUAACGGAUUCAUCGAAGGACGAGAAUUGGACAAAUUUUUGAGAGAAUUCGUAUCCAGCGUCAAUUUCACCGACGUCGAGCCCGAGCAAGUUGUGUCCGAUUCGAUGAUGGCAGAGCUGAAGGAAUGUUUUAUGGAAGCCUAUGACGACAACAAGGAUGGAAAGAUUGAGAUAAGAGAGCUUGCUCAGCUUCUUCCGCUGGAGGAAAGCUUUCUCCUUCUCUUCCGUUUCGACAACCCCCUGGAUUCAAGUGUCGAAUUCAUGAAGAUCUGGAGGGAAUAUGACACCGACGGAAGUGGAUUCAUCGAGGCAGACGAAUUAAAAGUAAGGAAAUUUUCAUUAUUACUGGAUCUGGCAACAUGCUUUGCAAACACAUCUUCUUUCGAGAGAGAAAAGGAAGAAAAUUAUGUUUGCAUUGUAUUCUAUUCUAAGGAAUGUUCUCGUGGAAUAAAUUACUGUGUCAGCUGC